UGUAGAGCCAUCAAAGCCUAUGUAAUGACAGAGAUGUAAGUAGAGGAAGUGGUUCAACACAUAACGUGGUUUGAGUUUGAGGCUGGGCAAUCGGUUACUGUAGUCAAGUUAAUCUAUAUAUUAGUGUCAUUAGUCUCCGAUUCAACCCAGAUUCAUUAUUUAAUUGGCUUGAAAGUAUCUGCAAUGAAGUCCGAGGAUCAACGACAGCAUUCUCUCUAUUUAGAAGUCUCCUUCGAUGAUGAUGAUGAUGAUGAUGAGCCAUCAAUUCCCUUGCGCACCUCAAUUGUCCUCUUUCUCAUUUCCUACUGCAAGUCCAAUUAUUUUAAAGUGUUUCUCGUCAGUGCCCGGCCAAUAAUUGCUCACACCUUGGAAAACCAUGUCAUAGUAGCAAGUGAUUUUUCUGUAGUCCAAUUGGAAGACGUACCUGCGUUGGCAAGAGGCUGUCGUCUGCCCGUAGUUUUAGAUGAAACGGAGAUGCAUUGCAGAGCAGGACUGGCUGUGGUCCUUCGGCACAUCAUUGACAAGACGAUGGAGGCUGAUCCAUCCCGGAAGGAUGUGCUAGAACUGUUAGGCUUCAAGAAGACAUGCCUCAAAGCCUGUGCUGAGGUAAGCCACUGGACGAGGCUGUGUGAAAUUGGCAUCCCCUGUGCUGUGGAAGAACACCUCCAGAACCCGACUGAUCCCUCGCUCCACCUCCCUGAAGCCAUCCUCCACCUAGAGAAAAGGCUCGGCGAGCCUGUCAAAGUGCACAACGACGACAAAAUACGCAGACAAAAACUCAGAGAACAGAAGCAGCAACAGAACAAGAAGAAACACUGCAAAGAAGCCGAGGAAAAACAGGCCACUGAGGCUGGCGAGAGCCUUGAACUCCGGGCAGCUCUUGCCAAACUCUCCGUGGAGGAUGCGGUUCUUUCUCCCGCCACCAGGGAGCACUGCGAGAUCAGGAAAGUGAGGACGGCCGACCUGCCUCCGCUGGAGCACGUGUUCGCCGAGGGAUUGUACUUCACCCUGACGGAUGUGGUGCUGUUGCCGUGCAUCUAUCACUACCUGUGUUCCCUCCAGACCAACUCUGCCCCCAGCUCCCUGUCCCGGCUCCCCCUCCUGCUGGGCUGGUACCGCCGGGUGCAGGAGGUCCCGGGGAUCCUGGCCGCGAGUCAGGCCUGUGGGAUGCUCCUCUCCUCCCCUCCUCCUCCUCCUCCUCCUCUUCCUCCUCCUCCUCCUCCUCCUCCAGCUGAGGUUCCCCCUGAGGGCAUCUCCACCACCACUACCCCUUCUCCGGCAUGUUCUGAGACGCUCCCCGCGGAGGCUGGCGGGGCAUCGGAGGAGGUUGUGGAGAAGUCCUCGGAAGUGGCCUUCAUCGGGGGACCAAGACCCACCAUGACGAAAUUGAAAGAGCAGGCCAUCGAGGCGGUCUACUCCCCCCACCCCGGCGCCAUGCGGACCCUGCCGUGGGAGUCGUUCCCAGGAGCCGUCAACCCCACGGAAGGGAAAAUGUCAGCCGACCGCGCCUUGAGGAAGAGACAACAGCUGAAUAAUCUGGUGGGAAUGGUGACGGAGCUGGCCAGACCCGGAGACACCAUCGUUGAUUUCUGCAGUGGAGGGGGUCACGUCGGCUUGGUUCUGGCUCACACACUCCCAGGUUGCCAGGUGAUCCUCAUCGAGAACAAGGAGGAGUCCCUGGACAAGGCCAGGGCGCGCGGGAAGGAGCUGGGCCUGGCCAACCUACGCCUCAUCCAGGCCAACCUUGACUACUUCACCGGGCCCUUCCAUAUCGGGGUGGCUCUGCACGCCUGCGGUGUGGCUACAGACAUGGUGGUGGAGCACUGCAUCCAGGCCCGGGCCGCCUUCGUGGUCAGCCCCUGUUGCUAUGGCUUCGUCCAGAACACCCUCAAGUUCUCCUUCCCCCGGAGCAAAAAGUUUCAGGACACAUUGAGUUAUAAGGAACACAUGGUGCUUUGCCGCUUCGCGGACCAGACCGCUGCCCAGCUUCCUCCUGAGAGACGACUCAUAGGUAAGCAGUGCAUGGGGCUGGUGGAUCUGGACCGCUCAUGGUGCGCCGAGGCAAGCGGCUACAGCGUGCGCGUCAUGACCAUGGUGCCCGAGAGCUGCUCUCCCAAGAACAACAUGCUGGUCGGCACGGCGAUGAGACGGAACACCGACACCAUCCCCAGCACCACAGAAGAAGGACGUGCUGCCAAUAUAGACUGAUCUGUGCAUAAUCAGGACCCUCGAGGAAAUGAUUUUGAAAGACAGUACAUGUCAGAUAAAGGAGCUUUUCUCUGUGUCGUAUGGUGGAAGAGAUGAGAUCUCUAAGAAUGGGUGUUUUCAAUAUCCAUUGAAAUGACUACGCUGCUAAUAUGGUUUUUCUUUCUUCUUUUAAUAGACCGACUUUCAGGGUCUUUUUUUCUUUCACAGUUGUCGUACGAUAGGCCUUUUAAAGAAUAAUCUAUCGCCAUCAUUUUACUUCCCGCAACUUUUUUUAAAGUUAAGUUUGCGAUACUGUGUAAUUUGUGUUAUUAAAGAUUGAGUUUGCAAUGAUGAUUGAUACAAUAACAAUAUUUUCAAUCUAAAUGAGAAUAUCUCUUCACUCCUACUCUACAUUAAAUAUUCUUCCAAAAAGCAUAGAAAUAAACAUAAUUUAUGUGGAAAAUGUUUAUUUGAUAUGUGCGGUCAAAAAUAAGCAUCUUGCAUGGAUUUUCACAAUCUCUGUGGCCCCUGAAUAAACGAAAAUAGGAAAGAGAUAUAUGCUUUCAUGACCGGUAUAGUGACACUUUACAGGCCUCUCCUGUCAAGCCACCUUGACGAUAUAUAACGGGUACUUGAUUAACCCGGGAGGCAGAGAACCAAGUAUAGGCAUUUUCUUUUCCAAUCUUCAGCUCAUCUAAAUUCAGCCGGCACAUCCAAUCUAUCGGGAGGUGAAUGACCGAAGACAUGGUUUCUACCAACGGGUUUGGAAUGAUUUCCAAAAGAAACAUUUGACAUCUUCUGCCCCAUGCCCGUAGCUCCUGUGAGCGCCGGUGCACAUGAAAGAGAAGCGUAAGCAGAAGAACAGGGCGAGAUGUUCCCGUAAGCACUUCAAUCAGGCUCUCCGUACGCAAAUCUCACUUGAGAUCAUCAAGGAAUCCAAAUCCAUUUCAAAAGCUCUCUUUUUGCAUUGAAUCCUUUCAUUUUUUCAUAGAUAGGCUGUCUGCCAAGGUCUCGGUGAGAACAUUGCUCUGGUUACAAACAUGGGCUUAUGUAAAUGAGUAAUGACGUCAAAUAUCUCUCACUUUGGUCAGUUAUGCUGUGUGUGAAAUUCUGUGAAUGUGCUUUUUAAAAUGAAUUUACUUACUUUGGUUGUAUAUAUAAGCCUUAAUAUAUCUUUUUUUAUCAAAUUCAAGUGGCAUAGUUCUUAUACACAAUUAUAAAGAUAAAACACAAAGAUGCUCAUCUUAGAAAA